AUGUCUACCAAGUUUCUCAUCAUGGUAGAUACACCUGAUAGUGGUACCGAACCUACUGAAAUCGAACUUUCCGUUGUCGCUCGCCUCACAUUCUACAAAGCUGGCAACAACGGCAAAGGCAAGAAACAAACUAAGGAUAUCAAGGCGAAAACUUUCAACCACAACUUCUCUGAGUCAAAAGACAACUAUCUCGAACUUCUAACAGCGAUCCUAGAGAAGCACCAUGUCGAUAAGAAGUACAAAGUCACUGCCCGCAAUGUCUACCCUUGCAAGAUACAAGUCCAUCCGGCCAAGCAGGGCGACGCUCCUGAUGUGGUCAACUACGAGGAAUACCAAGACCUAGUCAAGAAUACGAUCCUUUCUGCACCGGUGGGGAAACCGGUUGUCAUAUUUGUUGAAAUGCCGAGCAUCGAGAAGUCGGCUAAACGAGUGGACAACCCGGGGCUUUCAAAAGAAGAAUAUGAUCUGGCAAAAGAACGCGCAAAGCUCGAGAAGAAAUAUCAAAACGACCACGAUGGCGGCUAUACCUAUAUCGACGCGACCGGCGUCUCGAUUCCACUCACCCCAUUCAUGAUGAAAGAGUGGGCUCGUGCUCUUGUUGAUAAGGACAAGAGUGUUGACAUCGACAAUCCGCCACACACUCAAACCUUCGAUCCAGCAAAUAGAAAGUCCUCCUUGCUCACUCGAAAACGCUCCGAAAGCUCCGGGUCUACUGGAACUGAAGUCCCGUCUGAAACAUCAACUCUCGCCGCCCUCUCAGGAAUCAUCAACUCGAUCACAUCUCUUGUUCACCCAGGCAAUCCACCUCUUCCAAGCACACCAAAGAAAAACCAACCUGACAACCACCAUACCCUCAAGCCAUCUCCCUCACAGCUUGGUCGAUUCCUUACCCAUGCUGAGAAAGAAGCGGGUGUGAAGAACGCUUCUCGCCAUGAAUACGCACUUGCCGGCGAAGGAUAUGGACCCGACAUUCUUCAUCUCAUCGACGACAAAGCCUUAUGCGCUCUCGGAAUUCCUGCUGGAGAUGUUCUUCGACUGAAACAGGCUGCGCCGCUGUGGUGGAAAGCGGAACCAGGACAGGCUUUGAAGCGUCGCCAUGAAGUGCUUGAAGGUAGCCCAGCCGAGAAGCUACAGGAAACCCCUCCAAACAAGAAAAUGCGGUUUGAGAAGCGUUACGUCGAAGGCGGAUCUUGGACGCUAUUCGGACCUGGCACCAUGGAAGGCGAUGUCGACCCUAAUGCCGAUUUUACUUGGUACUUCUAUUCAAAGGACUUGAAGAUGACCCUUCCGCUUCCGCGUGGUCUGGUUCCGAUUCUUGAUGGUGAAGAAGACAAUGGUUUAUGGCCCUCUCAUUAG